AAAAAAGAAGCCCGUCUUCGUCUCCCACCUAUCUCUGACCUAGGGUUUUGGGAUUUUUGAAGCAGCCGAGCUGUUUUACUGCCCACUACGCCUCCUCUGCGAAUUUCGCUGAAAUAGCUUGAGAGAUCCUAAUCAUGGCGGAACAGACUGAGAAGGCAUUUCUGAAGCAGCCUAAAGUGUUUCUAAGUUCAAAAAAAUCUGUGAAGGGGAGGAAACCCGGAAAGGGCGGUAACCGUUUCUGGAAGAGCGUUGGAUUGGGUUUCAAGACCCCCAGGGAAGCCAUUGAAGGUACUUAUAUUGAUAAGAAAUGCCCCUUCACUGGGACUGUUUCUAUCAGAGGCCGUAUCUUGGCUGGCACUUGCCAUAGUGCUAAAAUGGUAAGGACCAUCAUUGUUCGCCGGAAUUACCUUCACUUUGUUAAGAAGUAUCAAAGGUAUGAAAAGAGGCACUCGAACAUCCCUGCACAUAUGUCCCCAUGCUUCCGUGUGAAAGAAGGAGAUCAUGUUAUCAUCGGCCAGUGCAGGCCAUUGUCAAAGACAGUGCGGUUCAAUGUGCUAAAGGUGAUUCCUGCUGGAGCUUCUGCUGGUGGAAAGAAGGCAUUUACAGGAAUAUGAGGUGUGAAUUUUGGUAUUUUGUGGUAGGCUAUCGUUAUAAAGUUACUGGGGUUAAAUGAUUAUGUCAGAGACUAUAAAAAACUAUGGCAGCACUGUAUUUUCUGCCUUUUUGUUUUGACGUUUGAAAUAUGGAUCAACAUUUGGAAGUUUCAAGGAUUCCCUUGGUUAAAUAGGGGUUCAAUCAAUUUUUAUAUGUUAGAUUUGUGUUCGAGUUUUUGCUA